CGGCGUGGGGAGAGCAGCGGCCUCGCUGCCGCCAGGUGUCGCGGUAGGGCCUGGGGCGGGGCUGAGGAGCGCCAAGAUGGCGGGCGCGCGGUGGCUCAGCGUGGCUGCGGGGCUGGGCGGCCGGUUUUGUCAUACAGUAUUAAAAGAUCAUAAUUUGGCAACUAAACAGCCUUUCCACCAACUUGCACAAAAGAAGUCAUUUCCUUCAUCUGCAGUAUUGCAUAAUACAGUAAGAUGCAUGUUUAUUCAAACUCAGGACACACCAAAUCCAAAUAGUUUGAAGUUUAUUCCAGGCAAAGAAGUACUGGAGUCAAGGACUAUGGAGUUUUCCACACCUGCUGCAGCAUUUUGCUCACCUUUAGCAAGGCAGUUAUUCAGAAUUGAAGGAGUUAAAAGUGUUUUCUUUGGGCCAGACUUCAUCACAGUCACCAAGGAGAGUGAAGACCUGGAUUGGAACUUGCUGAAACCAGAUAUUUAUGCAACUAUAAUGGAUUUCUUUGCCUCUGGUUUACCUGUAGUUACUGAAGAGGCACCUAGGACAGAUACAGCUCCAUCAGAAGAAGAUGAUGAAGUAGUAUUAAUGAUUAAAGAACUGCUGGAUACAAGAAUAAGGCCAACAGUGCAAGAAGAUGGUGGCGAUGUUAUUUAUAAAGGCUUUGAGGAUGGGAUUGUGCAGCUGAAGUUGCAGGGUUCAUGCACCAGCUGUCCCAGUUCCAUCAUCACCCUGAAGAAUGGGAUACAGAACAUGCUCCAGUUCUACAUCCCUGAAGUAGAAGGCGUGGAACAGGUUGUUGAUGAUGAUGAGGACGUGGAGAAAGAAGCAAAUUCUACUUAAGCUAGCAUCAUCUAUGGCCAAAUAAGUAUUUAUUUCUUGUGUGCCAAAGAGUGCAGCUUAUGUGUAACUUGGCUGCCCUGGCUGAGUGAGGGGAGGACGUGGCAGAGCAGAACACGCUCCAGUUCUAGAGACUAUGGGAAGAGAAAUAGUUAUUGUUCUGAAAUUGAAAUACGUAAAUCAGGCUUUGCAAGUACUUGUGUUUAUUUCUUGUGCGUGUAGGACUUAUUUUCUUCCUGGUGCCUAGCGUUAGCAGAUGGCUUGCCUAAUGGAGAUAGUAUUUCUUCUUUGUGCUGCCACAGUUGAGCUGAGUUUGCGGUCAUUAUUUGGCUUAUGGUUAUAGUAGUGUUCCCUGCAUGCAAGGAUUUGACAGCCUCUGGUAUAUUUCCUGUUCCCCUCCUUGCCAGUGUAAUUCCACUGAGUCCCUUAAAUGGGAUCAAUUAAGUCAGUGGAGAAUCUUAUAUAGCAUGCCAGAUCAGCAUGUGGUAACAACAAACUUCAUAUUACUUGUUGGAAAUUUGAAAAUAAAUAUUUUAGCAACAUAUUUCUUUAGCUUUCAUGUAGAGUAAUGACCUACUGUCAUUUAAAUUACCCACUCUGGAUUUAGAAAUUGGUUUGAAAUUACCAUGUUUUCUUCAACUCCACCACAAAGUACACAGUUCCUGCUCUUACAAGUUUUAUCAGUGACAAAAUUCCCCUUGAGGUAGGCUCAUACUAUCCAAGAGAGCUUAUGCAAACUUCAUCACCAUGUUCAUCAGCAAAGCAUAGAAUGGCAAGUAAUGUUUCUUGUUUCUCAAAAACAGCUUUUUUAGGUCUAAUUUGUCAAUUCAAUGCAUUAUAUAACAUAAGCAGCAAAGUAUCUGAUUUGUGUGUUAAAUAAAAAUGUAUCUCUGCA